AUGAGGCUCCUGCCGAUCCUUUUGCUAGUCUUCGUCGUGGGGGCGGCGUCUGGCAUCAACUUCAACAUCUUCCGAUGGCCGUCGUUUAACCGCGGCAACCGGUACAAGGGAGGAGGCCUUAGGAACCUCAAAGCUCCGUUUAUUGAGGGCAUUCGGAACUUGAAGAGUCAGGUGCUCGACUUCAAAGGCAGCCUCUUCAACAAGGGAAACUUUUUCAAUAAGGGAGGCGGACAGUCCAGCUACUACCGCCGCCCGCCGUCCCAUUACGGAGGCGGAUCAUCGGGAACCGGGUACGGAGGCGGCGGCGGCGACGGCAGCAAUGGCUACAUCCAGGUGUCUUACCAGCCUCCGUCCACGGGUUACGGCGCUCCUCCGGCCCCUUCCUCCAACUAUGGCGCUCCUCCGGCCCCUUCCUCCAACUAUGGCGCUCCUCCUUCCGACACGUACGGUGCCCCACAGGCCCCGGCCACCGGAUAUGGCGCUCCUCAAGCUCCUGCUACCGGCUAUGGCGCUCCACAAGCCCCAGCCACUGGCUAUGGCGCACCUCAGGCCCCACAAGCCCCGGCCACUGGCUAUGGGGCACCUCAGGCUCCAGCAACUGGAUAUAGCGCCCCACAGGCUAACACCGGAGGAGUGCAAGCAAAUCCCACAGGGCUAAAGGCUCCUCAGGUGCAAAGCUCUGGCGGUACGGGAACGGGGCAGACGGCCGCAAGACCUCUGCAAAAUACCUAUAAUGCCGGGACAGGUCAGGCAGCUACUGGUCACAGCGGAAGCCAGGCCCAGUCGCACAUCAACGCGCCCUUAUCGGCGGCGAUGGCCAUGGGUCACCUGCUGAAGGAGGAGGAGGUGAUCAAGGGCGCCGGGAAGGCGGAAUGGCAGCCCGUGACGGGAGCCCCCACAGCUGCUCCUCCCAUUGACGUCCGCGCCCCGGCGUCGGUGGUGCAAAACCAGGGGACAAAGACCCAGAUCACGGCAGCAUCGCCAACAGAUGAGCCCCUCUUUAUCGACUUGACGGGGCCUGGCACGACCGGCGGGGGCGCUAACGGAGGGGUGAUCGGAGGUGCACUCGGGGGGACAUCAAACACCUUCAAUGGUCUAUCAAGCGAUCCUGUGGUCGUGGACGACACCGACGACACCUUACUGAUUUCUGCGACUGAGGAAUAUGACGACAUCUUAUUGGUAGACAAAGGCAGCGCCGACGCAGCGGCCGAGGCACUGUCCAAAGUCGUGGACGCAGCGCUGCUCAUCGAUGAACCCGCAGGAAAGGCCCUUUCUGGGAGCCGCCCUCAGGAGAACGUCGUGUCCGUGGGACAGACGGCCUUCGCGAGCAGCAAGGGGCGCAGCUCAGACACGCUGCAGCCCGGUCAGAACUCCAACAUGAUGUUCUCAGGUCUCAUGGAAGAACUGCAGCUGAGCACCCUCAUGGCCCUCAUUCGAAGGGCCAACCUGGAGGCCAUGCUCACUACGGAAGGCGGAUUUACCAUCUUCGCCCCCUCCGACUCCGCCUUCUCCCUCCUGCCUCGCUCGGUGGUUUCGCAGCUUCAGAACAACACGGACAAGCUGCGGGAGGUGGUGCUGUUCCACGUGGUGCCAGGUGUGCUGCGGCUCGAGGACCUUACGGACAACGGCAUGCUGUCGUCAGCCUCGCCAAAGGGUCGGAAGCUGCGAGUCAACGUUUUCAGACACGGAUCCGAUUUGCAGGAUGUUGUGACCAUUAACGGAGCCCGUGUUAAGCGCCACGACAUGAUCGCAACCAACGGCGUCAUCCACGUGAUCGAUAAGGUCUUGUACCCAAUGGCAGACCUUAGCAUUAUGGACCAUCUGACCACAUGCGAGACCUUUACUGGAGCAAACGUGGCCGUGACAGGUGCUGGUCUAACGCCAGUCCUUGAGCAAGAUGGUCCCUACACGGUGUUCCUACCCACGACCGAGGCCUUCGCUGCUAUAGACAAUGCCACGGUGUCGAGUUUCAUUGAAAACAUCACUCUCUUGCAAAAUGUUCUGAUGUACCAUAUCGUUCCUGGAGCUUACUUCAGCGAGGGACUGAGAGAUGGGACGUGGCUACCAACUCUUGCUCAGGAACAAGAGUUGCAAAUGAGAGUCACUUCCGACGGAUACACACGUCGUCUUGCUGGUGUUGGAGGAAAAGCCAAUGUGAUAAAGCAUGACAUCAUCGCCACGAACGGAGUCAUCCAUGUUAUUGACACAGUGUUACGGCCUGAAAAGGAAACUCCUGUAUGCGGGCACUUCUGAUAAAAGUUAAUUGCGUUAAUGGACUCUUCAAAUAUUUGCUCUUCAACCUGGUGUACAUGUUUAUAAUGGCGUAAUGUCAUUAUUCGCAAUACUCAGAGAGACUUUGCUGUGCAACGGUUUUUUCAUACCAUGGAAAUUACCAAGUCUUGGGGAUAGUCUUAAGGAUAUGGGGACUUAUUCCGUAUUAAGUGUUUUCUGGAUAUAUUGUUCAAAAUAUGGGGGUUAGUAAGCAAAAUACGAGAAACGAGAGGAGUGUAGACGCCAGAACAAGCUUGCCAUGUAUCUUCUGAUUUUCGGGUAAAACCACGUCUCUCCUUGAAGGAGCAGAUUGAAUUGUGUCUCUGUAGCUGAUCAUUUUCAGUCUAAUGCACUGUGAUGAGAGACAGCAUGUGUAACUUGUACAUAUAUUAAUGUAUAAAGAUGUUUUUGUCAUAGAUUGAUAUAUGUAGUGUACUAUGUAGUAUUUUUAUGCCAGUGAAUAUCAGAGUAUUAUAUAUAUGAUAAACUGUUGGUUCACACAGGAUGCUUGCUCGGUCUCCGUUCUAGAAGCUUCUAAAUGUGGGAAAUCUUUGUUUAAGUACAAAACUGUGUAUACAGGCCUUUCCGCACAUGAGAUUUCCUUUUAUGUGCUGUCCUGUGACUAUCACUUUCUCUGUGUUUGACUCCUGUGUUUGUUCCUCAGUUUAUCGUCAUUUCAGCGAAGAAAAAUACUGUGUACGCGAUUGCGAUCAGAAGCAAAACGUAAUCAAAUUCUUUAUUUUAGUUGAUAUUUUUUGUUACCCAUUAAUUCUUAUCUCUUUCAUUGUCGUUUCGUGCUCAUCCUUUGUUAACUUUAUUCAUGUUAUAUAGAGCUAUUGUUUCUACUUUUUUCCACUGGGGAUUGUUUUACUCUCCACUGUUUGGGAAGCUCAGUCUUUUCCAAUUUUUUUGCCAACCUCAAAAUUUCUAGCAGGAAAAAAAAAUCUAAAUUGGUGAUCAAGGAAAAAUUUCAUCUGAUUUCCUUUUUAGGUUGUGAUUUUAAUAGGAUUUACCUAAUUCUGUCUGUUUUUUUUUUUUUUUUAGAUGGUUGGUGGAUGUAUUCAUAAAGUCAAAAUAAAGUGGUAUUGUUAGUAUAGAUUUUUUUCUAUUAUGCUCUGCCAUUUGUCAUAUUUCUUGUUUGUAUAGAUGUAUUAUUCUAAUUUGAAUAAAUAUUUUAUGAUAAUUUUAGUUUUUAUAACCGAACUGUUAAUAAUUUAUACCAAAUUAUUAUUUUCAAACUAAUUUUAAAUGAUUGUUUUCAAACUUUUUAUAUGCCUGCC